AUGCAUCUCGAUCAGCUCGCUCCCGAGAUUUUGCAUGAAAUCUUCAGUUAUUUAUCACAUCGAGAAAGACUUCCGGUGAAACUAUGCUCAAAAGCUUUGAAUGUCGCAGCUACGGUAGCACCUCUUGCUCUUGGAAAUGUCCAUUUCAUGGAGUAUUUCGACGAGUUCGAUGAAGCUAAUCAGGGCGUUUCGAUAGUUCUCCGUACUGAUGAAUUCGAGAUGAACUUCAAUUCGCCAGGAUAUAAAUCCAGAGACACAUUAAUGGAUGUUUAUCUUCAGAAUGCUCGUCGUAGACACAGAACAGAAACUGUCGAAAAUGAAGGAAUCCGUGACCUCGCCAGAAAAUAUCUCCGAAAGCUGAUUCUCCCAACCAACGUAUCGUGCGAUAACUUCGAAACCAACUAUCGUUACACACCAAACUUUUUGGAAAACUCAGAAAUUAUUAAAACCAAAAAGUUUCGAGUUUUGAAAUCGGGAAAGCCUCAAAACGCUGGAUCCAUUCAUGGAUGGCUGCGACACUUGAAACCCAACAAUCUUCGCAAUAUUACUGUUUACAAAUCUGACGAAGACUUUUCGUUUGUCGGAUUCGAAAAUGGUCUUUCUUCCUUGGAGACUCUCCAUGUUCUUCAAAAAAGUUCUAUUAAUGACGAUGUUCUAUUGUCACUGAAAGCAUUAGACAUUGAACUGGAGCAAGCUGAAAUCACUGCCAAUGGAAUUAAUACACUUAUCCAGAGAUGGACAACGCAGUCAGUGCCACGUGGAUCUCGAUUCGUCUACUAUUACGUCGCUCCCCCAGGCCGUUUCCCAAUACAUCAACUCGUCCAGAACGUUCGUGAUUUAUCGUUAUGGACAGAAAACAAAGCCAAUAUUCCAAUAGGUUCUGAUAGAACUCUUAAUGUAUAUGUGGAUUCUAAAGUUUUGCAUGUCGAAUGUUUCAAAAAGUGA